AUGUCAUCGCCGGAGAGCGACAUCCACCAGGCGGGGAGGGAGUACCCCCGCGGGGCGAGAGGCAGUGUCGUUGGCCUUGUAAAGCGCUAUGCGAAAAUGGAGGAGCGAUACCACCACGACCUCGCCCUCAGCUCGGGAUUCAGCGAGUAUCAUAUGGGUGACGAUGAUGUCGAGCGUGACGGCGCGGGUCCGAGCUACGGCACGACUACAGCGCACGGCCACCGGCGCCGGAGCGACGUCGGGCCCCGCGAUGUGGAUGAGAAUGCGCCGCUGCUCCGCAAGCCGUCGCGCGUCGAUAACAUGGCCGCCAACAUCAACGUACACGGCGGCUCGAGUACCGACGGCCAGACCUUGUUCAACUCGAUCGGCGUGCUGAUUGGCAUCGGUCUGCUGAGUAUGCCGCUCGCGUACUCGUACGCUGGGUGGAUUGGGGGCACGAUCCUGGUCGUAGCGUUUUCCGCAAUUACAUGCCACACGGGCAAGCUCCUCGCGCGCCUGCUGUACGCGGACGUGUCGCUGGGAAGCUAUACCGAUAUUGGAAUGGCGGCAUUUGGUCCGCGGGCCGGCGGCGCGAUCCAGGUCCUCUUCUGCACCGAGCUGUUUGCAUUCGGCGUCGCGCUUACCGUGCUCUUCGGUGACUCGAUGAACGCCGUCGUCCCCUACUACUCGGCUGAGACUUGGAUGGCGCUCGGCUUCUUCGUCGUCCUUCCGACAACGUUUAUGCCGCUGAGGUGGCUCGCCGUGCCCUCUGUCCUCUCGACAGCGGCAGUUGUCGUGCUCAUUGGCAUUAUCGCGUUCGACGGCCUGUGGAAGAAACACGCACCCGGCUCACUGCACGAGCCGAUGGAGACCCGCUUCGGGCCCGAUUUGAAGAUGAUGAACUGGGUCGGUGGUGUCGGCCUCAUCCUCGCCGGCUAUGGCGGACACGCAGUCAUCCCCGCGAUCGCAAAGGACGCACGUAACCCGGCUGCCAUUGACCGCCUCUUCAACAUCUCCUUCACUGUCGCCGGCGCCGUCGCUGUCAUCACCGGCGCAAUGGGAUACCUCAUGAUGGGCGACGACGUCUCGGACGAGAUCUCAAAGGACAUGAUGAACCCCAAAAUGAAGUACCCCAAGGCGAUCAACAACGUCGCCCUGUGGAUGAUCGUCCUCGUCCCUCUGACCAAGUACGGACUCACCAGUCGGCCGUUGCACGUCGCUUGCGAGGGCUUCCUCGGCAUUGCGCCCUCUGCAGCUCAGGUAGCGGCAGACGAGGCUGAGAUCGUGGGCGAGGCGCCAGCUCCUCCUCGCAUCAACGUUGAGGCACCUGAUGCGUCGGCUUCCGGCCACCGUCUCCGCCGCGUCUCGUUCGCCGUCACGUCGGCCCUCACGCGUAUCGGCGAGAGCGACUACAUUAACAAUGACGAUGAGGAGUGCGAGCAGCCCGACGACCACCACCACCACCACCAUCAUCACCGGAAGAGCGUCGCGCCUGCGACUCCGACCUCGGCUGAGGGCGGCAAGGGUGUCGCCCGUGCUAUCAUGCGCAUCGUCAUCACCAUCGCCGCCACGGUCGUCGCGAUCGUCCUCCCGGGUUUCGAAAAGGUCAUGGCCUUCCUCGGCAAUUUCUCCGCCUUUUUGAUUUGCAUUAUUCUCCCUAUCGGCUUCUACCUCCGCCUGGCGCCGACUGUCCUCGGAGUCAAGGACAGCCCGGCGACCCGCUGGCAGAGGACCCUCCACCUCGUCAUCCUCGUCAUCAGCACCGUACUCAUGAUCAUGGGCACCAUCUGGGCAUUUAUUCCCGGCACCGGCCGGGGCGGGGAUUAG